GAUGCUGCCGUGCGGUACUCGUCAUGGAGCUGGCACUGCGGCGCUCUCCAGUCCCAGGGUGGUUGCUGCUGCUGCCGCUGCUGCUGGGCCUGAGCGCAGGAGCUGUCAUUGACUGGCCCACAGAGGAGGGCAAGGAAGUAUGGGAUUAUGUGACCGUCCGCAAGGAUGCCUACAUGUUCUGGUGGCUCUAUUAUGCCACCAACUCCUGCAAGAACUUCUCAGAACUGCCCCUGGUCAUGUGGCUUCAGGGCGGUCCAGGCGGUUCCAGCACUGGAUUUGGAAACUUUGAGGAAAUUGGGCCCCUUGACAGUGAUCUCAAACCCCGGAAAACCACCUGGUGUACAGAGAAGCCAGGCCAAUGUGGAAAUUGGAUGCAUUUCCAAGAAAACUGAUGUGUGUCCAGACUUUGAGUGUCCUCUGGCUUCUUCGACUCCAGGCCGCCAGUCUCCUAUUUGUGGAUAAUCCUGUGGGCACUGGGUUCAGUUACGUGAAUGGUAGUGGUGCCUAUGCCAAGGACCUAGCUACGGUGGCCUCAGACAUGAUGGUUCUCCUGAAGACCUUCUUCGAUUGCCACAAAGAAUUCCAGACAGUUCCAUUCUACAUUUUCUCAGAGUCCUAUGGAGGAAAAAUGGCAGCUGGCAUUGGUCUAGAGCUUUAUAAGGCUGUUCAGCAAGGGACCAUCAAGUGCAACUUUUCCGGGGUUGCCUUGGGCGAUUCCUGGAUCUCCCCUGUUGAUUCGGUGCUCUCCUGGGGACCUUACCUGUACAGCAUGUCUCUUCUCGAAGACAAAGGUCUGGCAGAAGUGUCCGAGGUUGCAGAGCAAGUCCUGAGUGCCGUAAAUAAGGGGCUCUACAGAGAGGCCACAGAGCUGUGGGGGAAAGCAGAAAUGAUCAUUGAACGGAACACAGACGGGGUGAACUUCUAUAACAUCUUAACUAAAAGCACUCCCACGUCUACAGUGGAGUCGAGUCUAGAAUUCACACAGAGCCACCUAGUUCGUCUUUGUCAGCGCCACGUGAGACACCUACAACAAGACGCCCUAAGCCAGCUCAUGAAUGGCCCCAUCAGAAAGAAGCUCAAAAUUAUUCCUGAGGAUCAAUCCUGGGGAGGCCAGGCUACCAACGUCUUUGUGAACAUGGAGGAGGACUUCAUGAAGCCAGUCAUUAGCAUUGUGGACAAGUUGCUGAAGGCAGGGAUCAACGUGACCGUGUAUAAUGGACAGCUUGAUCUCAUCGUAGAUACCAUGGGUCAGGAGGCCUGGCUGCGGAAACUGAAGUGGCCAGAACUGCCUAAAUUCAGUCAGCUGAAGUGGAAGGCCCUGCACAGUGACCCUAAAUCUUUGGAAACGUCUGCUUUUGUUAAGUCCCACAAGAACCUGGCUUUCUACUGGAUUCUGAAAGCUGGUCACAUGGUUCCUUCUGACCAAGGGGACAUGGCUCUGAAGAUGAUGAGACUGGUGACUCAGCAAGAAUAGGGUGAAUGGGGCUGGAGAUGAGCUGGUUUCUUUGGCCUUGGGGCACAGAGCUGAGCUGAGGCCGCUGAAGCUGUAGGAAGCUGAAGCUUUAGGAAGCGCCAUUCUUCCCUGUAUCUACCUGAUCAAGAAGGUUCUGACCAGCUGCCACCGAGGAUAAAAAUCAUUGUCUCUGGAGGCAAUUUGGAAAUUAUUUCUGCUGCUUAAAAAACCUAAGAUUUUUUUAAAAAAUGGAUUUGUUUUCAUCAAAAUGAAGGAUGAUAAUAGAUUAUUACUUUUUCUUAUGACAGAAGCAAAUGAUGUGAUUUAUAGAAAAACUGGGAAAUACAGGUACACAAAGAAUAAAUCAACACCUGUAUACCCCCUUCCCAGGGUUACCAAUUUAGCAUAUGUCCUUGCAGAUUUUUUUUUUUUUUGCUAUAUAUACAUAUAUAUUUUUUACCAAAAUGAAUCAUUACUGUAUGUUGUUUCACUAUUUGUUUGACAUAUCAGUAUAUCCAAAACACCUUUUCAUGUCAAUAAAUGUUCCUCUAUAACAUUUUUAA